UUCAUUUCUUUGUCUUUAUCUGUGCGCGUGCAUCAGCCUGUUGUUAAAGGACAAGUGUUGCAGCAUCACCGACACUGAGCCUGGACUACAGUCAGACCUGAGACGUCUCACUGUACAUACAUGAAUAAUCUGCCCCGGGAUGUCGACGUUCUAGUGCGUGUGUGUUUUUGAGCGCGCCCCUGGAUGUUAGGGUGGAUGAGAAGUCCACUCCAUCUCACACCACCAGUGAUGCACUGAAUGAGGAACACCCCAUGCCUCAGUGGACAGACCUGACCCAUAUAUCUAGGCCAUUGGAGAUGUCUGUAUCUGGCUCAUUAGCUGGUGGCUGCUACAUGGAAUAAUUCAUGUAUGAAAUGAUGCUUCCUGUGGUGCAGAGGCCGUGACCGUGAAUUGUGGAUGAAAAGGUGGAGGCAGGACAUGGACAUGACUUGGAGAAUGGAACUUUAAGACGUAUACUGCUGAUUAGAUGCCAAUAUCCAAAAUGCCGAUAUUGUCCAAACACUUAAUUUCCGAUUCCGAUAUCAGCUGAUACUGAUAUAGGCCUAAUAUUUAAUAACAUAAUGUGUACAAACCACUGUAUGAGUAUGAGAUGAAUUAAAUGGGCAGCAAUGCCGCCAUCUAAUGAUUUUCACUUUAAUAAACAGACGUUUAUCCCCAAAACGAAACCCAGGCAUUGCGUUAUCGGGUUUUCAUUAUCUGAGGAAAAACCCAUAAUGAUGCUGGCAGACAUUACAUAAUUAUGCUAAUAUUGGGCCGAUAAUGCCGGUUUGCCGGGCAUGGAGCUACUGGGAGAAGAUCUUUAGAAAAAAAAAAAAAAAAAAAAUAAUAGCAUGGCUCCCCUUCAGGUUGAGAUGUCUAUUAAAACAUUAGGAACUUUUUAGGUCACAUUUCCAUAUAAAGGUUAUCAAACGGAUAUGUAAUACUGACGCUCAUUGGUAUCAAACAGUUCUGGCAGAUGGGAGGCAGGGCCAGUUCCAUAUUUAAGCUGCUUUGGAUGGAAAUGCUCAUGUUGUGGACGCGGUUCAGAAGGUGCAGAGCUGUUUCAGAGCAUUUGCUGUUGGUCACACACUGAUAGAGUUCUCAUUGGACAGAGAAGCUGUUAUAGACUUACAUUUCCAAGGUCUGGUAAUUCCUAAUGACCGUGAAAGACCUCAAGGCCUGAGCUUAGUUAUUGGUUUUUAGCCCACACAGCUUUGGUGCAGUAAACCUGUUAGAAGAAGAAGAUUCAUACAGAAGGAUGUGAAUGUUCAGCUCGGAUUGCCCUGGAUUUCUGUCAGGUAGCAGCUGUGGCUCCUGUAGUGUCUUUCCAUCAUCCAGCCAAUGUCUGGAUUAUGGGGGGGCUGUCUGCUGACGAUGGCUUCAGCACCGAACCCACCACCCCCCAACCGAAGAAACUCUGCAACGAGUCCUGGCUGCAGUGGGAGGUGGAGGUCUGCGGGGAGGACUUCAAGCGGGACAUGGCUCGCAUAGAUCCUCAGCACUGGUGUAACCUCUCACACUUCAUCAGUGAGUACAACAUCUUCACCCUCUGUACUGAGACAAGGUCCCACAUCCUCCACUGCUACUGGCCCAAUUCACUGGUGGAGACCUACAUCAUCCACAUACACAAGCACUUUUUCUCCAACUGCACCUUGGAGCAGGUGGUGUGGGUGGACCCGCCAGAAGAAACACUGACCAUCCUUAUCCUCAUCCCUGUUUUCCUCACAAUGGCCAUGAUCGCGCUUGUUGUUUGGUGCAGCAAGAGGAGUGAUAAUUUUGCCUGAAAGGAGGAGGUGCUGGAGGAGCUCAUGGUUCUACAUGAUUGUUUAAACAGCUGACAACAAAGGAAAGCUCUAUGGAUUUGGGGAAUCGUGUUUGUUUGUCAGAUGUCCCACGUGCAGCGCUGCCCAUCACCCAAAAUGGACAAAGGAGAUGGAUGAGCAGGGUUUUACCUUUUUUGUGUCUGUUUUUUAUGAGUCAUGGAAAAAAUGACUAUCACCACCAAAGUAUAACUGCUGCAUAUGUGAUGCCUACAUCACCAUCCAAGUUUUUUGUUAUACUUUUGUCAACGCGAUUCUGUUGUUAAUAUUAACUUAUAUAGUAAUACUCUUCCUAUAACAUGACCUCUUCAAACUAAGGGCACUCACAAACCCAUAUAUACGAUAGCAUCUGAAAUAUGGAAACCUCUCAUUCUGGGCGACAGACUACAGUAUUCCUAUUGGCUCUGGCUACGUCUAAAGAGUCAGUCGACUAGCCCAGCUUACAGCAAAUCAGCCGUUGAAUUUGCAUGUUGCUAAAAUUGGCCCCUCAUCAAUGUAAAUGUAGCCUUACGGUAGCAGGAUCAUGCAACUUAAAUCAGAAACUCACGGAGAACUUAACAUUAGAACAAAAUCCUGGUUGGAUAUGCAAAGCUCCCAGAACCUUCUGGGAGGCGGAGGGGUGAGUAGAGUAGUCCUGGGUUUGUCGCAGUCUGCUGUGAUACCACUAGAGGGUUCAUUAUUUACAUAGUAUUGGUAAGAGACAUUGUAUUUUAUUGACAAACCUUGAACAUCAAGGCACUGUUGAUGUGGUAAAGAAACCAACUGUUUCUUGAUUUAAACCAGUGACCAGAUAACCUGGUUGGACUCCUGCCAGGACAUUUGUGGACAAGUUACGCUCAUAUCACUGUUGAUUAUUUAUUUGAUUUGUCUGUGUAAUUAGACUGCCGUGAAACUGUUCCAAUCGCUGCCAAUUUCAGAUAUUCUGUGCAGCGCACCGUGGACGACAGGGAGUGACGUUGUUGUCGCCUUGUUUUCAUGAAGAAAGAACCUUGACCGCUUGGACAAUGACCACCUCCUGAGGCAUUUGUUUAUUUUCUUGUUGGGCUGUGGACCACAGAGUUUGGACAUUCUUGUUGGAGCAUGGCUUAAAAUCUGGUGAUCCGUGAUCGCAGAGUGACUCCUUAAAGGACAAAUUAAGAGUCCAUGUUUCUGCGUGUUAUUUCCUAAUGUUGACUUUACAAAUGUCGUUACUGAACGUAUAAAAAUAAACACUGUCACUGGUCAACCUUAGGAGAAGGCAGAGCCAUUUUUUGCGGGGUAUUUGGAAUCGUUAUUUCUCGUGAUUUUUACUGUAAAGUUAUAAGUUAUCGCUGUUGUAUAAAUUAAUAUGUAAUGAUGAGUUCUUGGUGAGACUUAUGAGGAGACGCUGAGGCCUCAAACUGUACAGUUAUACUCUGUUGUGCCGUCUACUGUACUGUAUCCGUGUUACACAAGUGUAAAAAAAAAAGUUUAACACCAUGUUCCCACUUUGUCAGCUCUUUGAACUCAACGCAGUGUCACUGUCACUUUUCACAUCAGCUACUGAAAGUAAAUAUGAAAAUGUCUCUUAA